AUGGCUUCCCGGCUGUCCCAGUCUCACCUGAAGCUGGAGGCGGAGAUCGAGCGCUGCAGGGCUGAGUGCCAGUGGGAGAAGAUCCAGAUUCUGGUCCGGCAGCUAGCACCCAAGGUGCAGGACAACAGUGAUGAUUUUACGAACCUGCUGCUCGCCGAGGCUCUGCUGGAGCUCUCUUUAAGGGAGAACGUUGCCAAACUCAAACUCUCCAUUCCAUUAAUGGAAAGCAAAGAGCGAAAACUGCAUCAAGCCAAGAACUAUCUAACAGGCAUACUAAACAGAGGCAAAUUACCGCCUCACUACAUGACAGAAGCUCUCUUGAUACUAGGCAAGUUGCAUUACUGUGAAGGAUCAUACCGGGAUGCCGUCAGUAUGUACGCCAGAUCGGGAUUCGAGCAUCUGUCCUUAGAUGAUGAGCCCCUGUAUAAGAUGCGGCUUUUCGCAGAAGCUUUUCUAAUCAAAGGUUUGUCGUUAGAGCGCAGUACAGCGACCAUUGCCUCCCGCGCUCGUCUGUCAGAGAGAGAAGAGGAAGCUGUUGCUUGCUUUGAGAAGGCCAGCUGGAUUGCCCAAGUCUUCUUACAAGAAUUAGACAAGAGUAUGACUAGCAGUCACUCGAAGAAUUCCAAGAGCAGCUCUUCUUGUCACGACUUCGAACUUAGCUACUUCCUGGAGGCAGCCCUGCAAGGAGCCUAUGCAGCACAUUUUAAGAGGGGAAAUAUAUUAAAGGGAAUCAAAGAGCUUCGGGAUGUUUUACGGGUUGUGGAAACAAAGGCAACACAGGCCUUCAAGAUGGCAGCGAGCAGGCAGCUGGCAGAAGUUCUGCUCCAUUCAUUAAGUGAGAAGUGUUACUGGAGUCCGUUGAAAAGUCCUUUGCCGGAACUGAUGGUGAACAGAGGGGAAACCUCUUUCCCUUACGAGAUCAUCAGUCACAGACCACAGAUUCAUUCUGGAGAUCACCUGUACAGCCCGCAGGACAACAUCGAGGAGGCCCUCCUGCUUCUUUUGAUCAGCGAAUCUAUGGCCAACAGAGAUGCCGUUAUCAGCCGAGCUCCAGACCAGAAGGAGGACCGCGCUGUAAGCCUCCAGAACGCCUCCGCAGUCUACGACCUUCUGAGCAUCACAAUGGCCAGGAGAGGGCAGUACACCAUGCUCUCGGAGUGUUUGGAGAGAGCCAUGAAAUUUGCAUUUGGAGAAUUUCAUCUCUGGUAUCAGCUGGCGUUAUCCAUGAUAUCUUGUGGCAAGUUUGCCUACGCUGUUUCGGUACUGAAAGAGUGCUCUAAAAUGCGUCCCACGGACCCGACCGUUCUGCUUCUCGCUGCCAAGGUCUGCAUUGGACCACUACAUUGGUUGGAUGAAGGAGAAAAAUUUGCAAAACAAGUAACAGAGAUGGGAGAAGAAGCUGGAGAAUCACUCGCUAAAGGAUAUCUUGCUUUGGGACUAGUGUACAGCUUCCAGGCUACUGAUGCCACUCAGAAAAGCACUCAGGAUGACUGGAGUAAGAAAGCUCUGCAGGCGUUACAAAGGGCGUAUGAAAUAGAUCCAGAGGACCCCCAGAUUAUCUUGUAUCUGUCACUUCAGCUGGCCCUUGUAAGACAGAUAUCAGAGGCGAUAGAACACCUCCAGGAGGCGCUGAAGCUUCAGAAGGAUGAUUUGCACUGUCUGCAUCUGCUGGCGCUACUGUUAUCAGCGCAGAAACAGUAUAAACAUGCAAUUGAUGUCAUCAACAUGGCCCUGGAUGAGCAUCCAGAAACCUUCAGUAUAUUGUUCACCAAAACUAAACUGGAGUGGAUACACGAAGGACCAGAGGAGGCUCUGAUAACAUGCCGCCAUAUGCUAUACUUGUGGCAGAAACUGUAUAACUGUUCACAACUAAGUGAAUCUGAGAAGGAAAGCAGUUUGGCUGAUGUCCCCUUGACAAGAAAACACAGCGGGCUUCACCUUGCCAUCCCUGAUUCUCACGAUCCAGAAAAUGGAUCCCAGCGCGCAUCUUCCAUUGCUGCAUCUCGGAUGGAGCAAGCCAUGUCGGAAAUAACCAUGCACAGCAGCACGCAGAAGCAAGGGCCCAUGCAGCAGUGGGUUACCCUAGAGCAGAUAUGGCUGCGGGCCGCUGAACUCUUUAUGGAACAACAGCAUAUGAAAGAAGCAGGCUUUUGUAUCCAGGAGGCAGCCAGCCUUUUCCCCACAUCACACACUGUGCUGUACAUGCGUGGGAAGCUCGCGGAGAUGAAAGGCUGUUUGGAGGAGGCAAAGCAGAUAUACAAUGAAGCACUAACAGUCAAUCCAGAUGGAGUGAAAAUUAUGCACAGCCUGGGGCUUAUACUGAACAGGCUUGGGCAGAACGCGCUGGCCGAGAAGUAUCUCCGGGACGCUGUACAAAUUCAGAGCACAUCACAUGAUGCCUGGAAGGGACUGGGGGACGUUUUACAAGACCAGGGGAAGCAUGAAGCUGCUGUAGAAUGUUUUCUAACUUCACUAGACCUGGAAUCCAGCAGCCCAGUGUACCCAUUCACCAUUAUUCCUCGGGAACUGUAGAAAAAAAUUCUAACAGAACAGGAACUUUCCAAAUCUGACCAAGAAUCCUGCGAUAUUGAGAUUAAAAUUUUUAUAAUCAUCUGUCUAAUUCAUUUAUAUUGAAAAAAUUUUGUAAUUUAAAAGAAAAAGUUCUUUAAAUAGAAAACUUUUUAUACUCUACUUUCAGGAUCAGUUGUUCCUCUGCAGUAAUUAUAUUGUAUUUUCUGCAUGUAACUCCAUUAUAGGACACAUCCACCCAAACAUUGCAUGUAAGCAGCCGCCAUUUGCAUAUUCUUUGCAACACCAUAGUAUUCAUGUCAUAUGCAGUUAUGUUCAAAAUAAUAGCAGUCAGACAUCACUAACCUGAUCAAUCACUGUUUUUGGUAGAAAUGAUAUUUCUACAUGGCAAAUAAUUUACUAGUAGGUGUAGUAGAGU